ACGGACCAUUCAUCAGACUAAAUCAAUCUGAAGUCGUCCUUGAGGGUGAGAGCUUGACAAGAACGUGUUCAGCUUACGGUAAUCCAAAACCAACGACAUUCUGGUACCAUGACGGCAACGCUCUAGGGACAAAGAAGACCCUUCAGUUUCUAAGUAUAGACAGACAGGACGCGGGGAACUACACAUGUAUUGCUACGGCUACACACGACAAUGUGUCACUGAGGUCUUCGAAAGCGCUCAACAUUAUCGUUCAGUAUGGGCCCGAUGUUGAUCUUUCUAUCACAAAUGCAACAGAAAAUAGAACGAAUCUUCGCCUGAAUUGCACAGCUAAUGGCGUACCUACAAAGUACACGUACAGAUGGACACACAAGAUUGGGUCUACUGUCAUCCGAGACUCAUUUGACCACGUGACGAAUUUAGGGUCAAUGAGUACACUGACCAUUCCAACAGUGAGUCUCCAGGACAUGGGGAUGUAUAUAUGUGAGGUGGAGAAUGGGAUUCCAGGGAGAAAUGGACAGAUCGUACAGACGGGACAAGGGAUUUAUGUCAGCAUUCCUCGAAUAAUCAGAGCACAGGACAGAUAUGUUACAGAAAAUGGCACCUCUCUCAGUAUCAAUAUAACCUUCAUCAGUUUUCCUGAGCCAGUUAACACAUCCAUCAUACGGACAGACUCCUCUCUACCACCUCAAGAUGAUCCCACCGUCUCCAUAUCCCCCGUCCCAGUGUCAGUGUCAUUCUAUAACAAGGACGUAACUGUUGACGGUUACAUGGCACAGAUACACUUCAGCAAGGUCGAGACAACACAGAAAGGACAAUAUCAGCUGUAUAUCAAGAAUGCUUUUGACUACUUCUACACUUUCAGAGUAGUUAUAAUAGGCAAGCCUGAUCCCCCAUCGAACCUUGUGAUCAGUCAAAUCACAGAAAACAGCGCCGUCAUAUCGUGGAUUCCCGGGGAGGAUAACGGACACAUUCAAACAUUCACAUUAACCUACAGAAAAUCAAGCGGGGAAUUACAGACCAAUUUCACCACCAGCAAAUCGUCACUCAAUGUUCGGAAUCUUACUAUGUCCACACGUUAUGAUGUUUCAGUUUAUGCCAGUAAUUUAGAGGGGACUAGUGAGAUCAUCACUGGUAACUUCAGGACAACAGCAGCCCUUGGACGUCAAUCCAACAACACAAACACUGGUCUCGUCUUGAUAUCAAUAGGAAGCGUGAUGAUCCUAAUCGCUCUGUUGAUUGGAGCUUUUCCUGCCCUUC